AUUUCCCACAAUCCCUCUCUCUUUCCUUUCCGACAUUGAUCGCUCAAAAUGGCACCUAUGAAGAAGGGCGAGAAGAAGAAGGGUCGAUCUGCCAUCAAUGAGGUGGUGACCCGCGAGUACACCAUCAACAUCCACAAGCGCAUCCACGGCAUCUCCUUCAAGAGGAGAGCUCCUCGCGCGCUCAAGGAGAUCCGCAAGUUUGCCAUGAAGGAGAUGGGAACACCCGACGUGCGUAUUGACACCCGUCUCAACAAGGCAGUGUGGGCUAAAGGCGUCAGGAACGUGCCGUACCGCAUGCGCGUGCGUCUCUCAAGGAAACGUAACGAAGAUGAAGAUUCUCCGAACAAGCUGUACACGCUCGUCACAUAUGUCCCAGUCACCACGUACAAAGGUCUUCAGACUGUUAAUGUGGAUGAAAAUUAAAUAAAAGUAAAACAUAAAAGAAAA